GGAGACCCUUUUUUGGGGUUUCUUGCUAGUUGGAGACCUGUGUUCUUCGGACCCCCCCCACCUGGUCGGAGGACGUGAUGUUGGUCGGUCGUGGUGUUUGGCACAGUGGCAAGGCUUACGCUCGCAGUUCUGGUUCGAGCAUCAGAGACGUGUCCAAUAGAUUUCAAACAUGAGAGGCCGAACUGCUCUGUGGCAUCGAACGAGAACUCCAAGGAAGUCACGAGCAACACGUUGAAGGUCAGUGCACAAGAUCCGAUGGUGGGACCCGUGGGACCUGGGACUCAUCGUAUCAUACGAAGCGCACGCAGUCCAUCAUCUUUUCCAACUUGUGGGACUUAUACUAAGCUGUUUUCUCUUUUUUCCGAUUUCGAUGCAAGAAACUCAAUUCAAGCGUCAAGGCUCCUCGUUUCUGCCCAGUCCUGGUCUGAUUUUUGGGACCAAUUCCUACCUGGCUGUUGGUUUGACAAAAGAGCCUGGUGACCCCUGGCUUUCAGGAGAUACAGUAGCAGAUUCUGCACAGGUCAAGGCAGCAUGUUCUGGUCUAGGCACAUGAGGAUCGAUGUCUAUCUGCCAAGCGGACAGUGUGCAUCGCUGUCGCUGCCACCAGACGCCACGGUUAGUGAGCUGAAAGCAGCGGCGCAGAAGCACUUCAACUUGUACUUUCUCCGGCUGACACUGGACGGAGAGUGCUUGGAGAUCCGCAAAACGCUGCAGGAUGUCGGGCUGAACGAUGGCGACAUGGUUUCUGCUUUGGUGCAAGCGCCCAAGCUGGCAGCAGGGCGAUGGGCCAAAGCCUUUGCCCUGAUCGAUCGGAAGGGCACGGUGCUCACCUGGGGCCACCCGGGCUGCGGGGGCGAUAGCUCGGACGUGCGUGGUUUGCUGCGGAACGUGUUGCAGGUCAAGGCCUCCAGUGGUGCGAGGGCAGCCCUGCGCGCCGACGGCCGCGUGGUCGCCUGGGGCGAAGCUAGUCUGGGUGGUUCUUCUGAAGAGGUUCAAGACAUUCUGCGCAAUGUCAAGCAGAUUCAGUCCUCCGAGCGAGGUUUUGCCGCAAUACUUGAGGACGGCGGUGUGGUGUCUUGGGGCUGGGCGGGUGACCUGAACGGCAUCGAAGAUCAGCUACAUGAUGUGGAGCACCUUGAGGCCUCGGCGGCGGCCUUCGCUGCUCUACGGGCCGAUGGGCAAGUGCUUUGCUGGGGGCCUCAAUCCAUGGGAGGCGAUGCCAGCGCGGUGCAACAUCAGCUCAAGGAGGUCCAACAGGUUUGUGCCUCGAACUGGGCCUUUGCGGCGCGGCGGCGAGAUGGCUCCGUCGUGACGUGGGGGGAUGCAGACUUGGGCGGCGAUAGCAGCCAGGUGCAGGAGCAGCUGCGAGGUGUCACCUGCUUGAAAGCCACUGCCUGGGCCUUCGCAGCCAUACGGGAAGAUGGAAGUGUGGUCACUUGGGGUGACGCCAUGCGCGGGGGCGACAGCAGCCGGGUGCAAGCGCAGCUGCGUUCGGUCCAGCAAAUCGCGGCCACGGCCAACGCCUUCGCGGCGAUCUUGGCGGAUGAGACCGUGGUCACCUGGGGCGAUCAGGACUCCGGUGGUGACAGCGCCGCGGUCCGCACCGAGCUGCGGCACGUGCAGCACAUCGCAGCCUCCAACGGCGCCUUCGCCGCCUUGCGGAGCGACGGCUCGGUCGUGACCUGGGGCGAUGCGGACUACGGUGGCGACUCGGGGGACGUUCAGGACCAGCUGAGGCACGUGCAGCAGAUCGAGGCGACGGACGGCGCCUUCGCGGCCAUCGCGGGCAUUGGCGUGGUGACCUGGGGCUUCGCGCCCUCGGGGGGCGACUGUCGAAGAAUCCAGAAGCAGUUGAUGGCGCUUUGAGCGUGGCGAUGGAUGGCGACUCGGUGGCGAUGGACGGCCGUGGUGCGACGUGGGAGCUGGUUUUCCCUCCCUGCCAGCGAUGUGUAUGGCGCUGACGUGUUGGUCGCCGAAGACUGAUGUCAGUGAGUGACUAAGUAGGCGAGGCGGAGUACGGGACAUCUCAAAAAGACGGAGGCAUGAGGCAGCUGAAUGUGGAUUCUUGCCC